GCCCGCCCGCCCCCACCCGCCGACGAAAAAAAAAAGAAAGAGCACGAGAAGAACGAAGCCGCGCAGCCGCCCCCGGGGUCCAGUUUUGAAAGCAAAGCCGAGCGCCAUGAGCUGGGGCACGGAGCUUUGGGAUCAGUUUGACAAUAUAGAGAAACACACACAAUGGGGAAUAGAUUUCGUGGAAAGAUAUUCAAAAUUUGUGAAGGAGAGACUAGACAUAGAACAAAGCUAUGCAAAACAGUUAAGAAAUCUUUAUAAGAAAUACUUUCCCAAGCGUUCCAACAAAGAUGAGGAACCCAGGUUUACUGCAUGUCAAGCCUUCUUUCAUGUGCUGAGUGAGCUCAAUGACUAUGCAGGUCAACGUGAAGUUGUUGCUGAAGAGAUAGGCCACAGUGUCUAUGGAGAAAUCAUGAGGUAUACUCAGGACCUCAAAACGGAACGGAAAGCACAUCUUCAGGAAGGACGCAAGGCACAGCAAUAUCUUGAUUCUUGCUGGAAACAGAUGGAUAAUAGUAAAAGGAAGUUUGAACGAGAAUGCAAGGAAACGGAAAAGGCACAAUUAGGCUAUGAAAGACUAGACAGCGAUCACAAUGCGACAAAGGCAGAUGUUGAGAAGGCUAAACAACAGUUACACGUGCGUACCCACGCGGCUGAUGAAUGUAAAAAUGAAUAUGCUGCUCAACUACAAAAUUUCAACAAUGAACAACAAAAGCAUUUCCAAUUCAUCAUGCCUCAGGUUUUUAAGAAUCUACAAGCCAUGGAUGAGCGAAAAACUGAAAAACUAGCUGAGUGUUACAGAUACUUUGCUGAGGCUGAACGUAGAGUUAUUCCGAUCAUUAAUAAAUGUUUAGAAGGAAUGAUCCAUGCAGCAAAAUCUGUGGAUGAACGGAAAGACAGCCAGAUAGUGAUAGAAUCUUUUAAAUCGGGCUUUGAAAUUCCUGGAGAUUUCCCAUUUGAAGAUUUCAGUCAGAACAUUUAUAGGACAGUAUCGGAUGGCAGUCUGAGUGCGCAAAGAAACGAAAUAAAGGCCGACCAGAAACACACUGUGGGGAAAUCCAAGGGAAAGCUAUGGCUCUUUGGAAAGAAAAACAAGGGUUCUCCGUUGGAAGACUUCAGUCAUCUGCCACCAGAACAGAGGCGAAAGAAACUGCAGCAAAGAAUUGAUGAACUUAAUAGGGAGUUGCAGAAAGAAAUAGACCAAAGAGAUGCAUUAAACAAAAUGAAAGAUGUUUAUCAACGAAAUCCUCAGAUGGGGGAUCCUGGCAGCUUGCCACCAAGAAUAACAGAGACCAUGAGCAACAUUGACAGACUGCGUCAGGAGGUUCAGAAGAAUGAGUCAUGGCUGUCUGAAGUUGAAGGCAGAGGAACUGGAAGAACAGAUAGAAGGUUAAGUGCUGGCACGUUUGACCAUCCUGAGUCUAAUCAUCAUGGAACGCCGGGAAGAGAAAGCCCCGAAGGGAGUUACACAGAUGAUGCAAACCAGGAACAAAAAGGGCAUCACAGAAAUCCAGACCCACGCCAGGCCCCUGAAUUUGAGGAUGAAUUUGAAGAUGAUGAGCCUCUCCCUGCUAUUGGCCACUGCAAAUCACUGUACCCAUUUGAUGGGCAAAAUGAAGGAACAUUAUUGAUGCAAGAAGGAGAGGUAAUGUAUGUUAUUGAAGAAGAUAAAGGAGAUGGCUGGACAAGAAUUCGCAAACAGAAUGGAGAAGAAGGAUAUGUGCCAACGUCGUAUAUAGAUAUUACUCUAGAGAAAAACAGUAAAGGUGCAGUGACUUAUAUAUAAAUAUAACCUGCAUGUGGUUAAACGCUUACAGGGGCAGGAAAAAUGGAUUUCAAUAGUUAACUGAAACAUUAGGACUAUGAAUCCUUUUUCUUUCCGUGUUCCUGUUAUUAAAUUGCUUGUUCACCAUGUGAGCCAAACUUAAGUUACUGAAUUUUGUAUUUGUUUUAGUUAUUUGGAAUAUGGCAGAUCUGAGUUAUUGUAUGUCAAAAGUAUUUGAAAACCAUUGAAUCCUAAUAUUGUUUGAUGCAAUAAUAAUUGUUAUCAUUCCAGUUGCUUUAAAUUGUGUGAAUAUCUAUACAGGUGAAGGUUCUUGGUGUUUUCUAGAUAUUUUAAUUGAUUAAUGAUAGAUUUUUCGAUGUUUGGAAUGUAACGUGUUGGCCACAGAAUUUGUAUUAAUUUCAGUAUGUUAUCUAAUACUGUUCCUUGGCAGUUUUAUUGAUAAAUUUAAAUAAUUAAAUAUCUUACUAUGUUUUGCAAUAAAUAACCUUUGAAUGCCAGGGGUGCAUUGAAGUAUUAAUGUUCAUGAUUCAUCAAAAGCUAGGCAUUUCACCUACAUUUUAACUAAGAAUGGUCUGGAGAUUUUUACCUGAGUAACACUUUAUGAAUUUCUAACACAAAAUCUGCCUUCAGCCAAUUUAAACUGCAUUGAUUUUAAAGCCUGGGUGCCAAUCUGAUGCUUUCUUUAAUUUAAGGGUUAUUGGGUCUGUCUAAAAUUCUGAAAUUUCUAUCUUUAGUUUUCUUUUCCUUUGGUCCAAAUGAAUUUAGUAAUGGUGCUUUCUUUUUCUUUCCUCUGGACUGCAGGUUCCUGAAUUGGUGUGUGGGUUCUUGAAACAUUGGGCGAGGCAUUGAAGGAAGUUGCAUGCAGCUGCUCUUUUGGGUGGGGAAAGAACACUAGUUGAAAAAUUGAGGCUAGUAGGUGAAAAGGGAGGAGGAAAUUGCAUGUUUGCAUCAAGGUUUAUUUUGUCACUAACAUGAUUAUCGCCAUUCUAAAUGUAAUUCAUGUGCUCUGGUAAAUCAGUAAUAUAGUAUUUCAUAAGUCUAACCAUUGCCAAAGUUCAAUCUCUCCAAAGUAAAGUACAUACAAUAUAUGGCUUGACCAUCAGAUGAUAUUUUUAAAACCUAGUGUUGUCUGCCUGUGCCAUCCUACAUGCUCACCCUAAUUUGCUAUUGCAUGCCUUGUACGUCAGAUUAAAUAUUCACUUCAGAAUUUUUUCUACUGCACUGUUUGGCCUGUUUUACUGAUGUUGUCACUGUUAGUCAAUGUCACCCCUUGAAAAACAUUUCACAUCUGUAGUACCAUUCCAUUUUCAUUUGUGCUGCUACCUGUACCCUGUACACUGCAUGAUUAUUGUAGCGUGACGAAUGUCAGUCUGCAGUUAAAAUCUCCCAAGUGCUAGUGUUCAUUGUUGUCUGUAUACAGUAUAUAAGUUCUCCUCCUUCCUUGCUUCUGGCCUGCAAUUUUUUUGAGUAUUGAAUCAAUCAACUGAAACCAAGAGUCAUUGGAAGCAUGAAUCAAAAACUACAUUUGGCUUCAGGAAAACAGAAAGAGUUCACUAAGACAGAGACAAUUUGCCAUAGAUUGUUUAAAAAAAAAGUGCACCGUGGGCUCUGAAGAAACACCAACUAUAUAAUUUUACCACUAUUUCACUGAACAUCUGCUGCCUUAAAAUCCACUGUUUUAACAGAAGAGUGCCUAAAUCUGCUGACUUGUCAUUUUUCCAGUCAUCUCUCAUAGGCUUUCCUGUGUUUCAGGCUCAUGACAGCUCAUUGGUUUGAUUGAUUUGUGUAUUAUUCUCUUGAUACUCCAGCUGCUGAUGUAGGCAUAUAUAGUAGAUAAAUGUAUUGUAAUACUUGAGGAAUUGUGCAACUAAAUUUCAGUCUAUUUAUAUUGUUUUUAAUACUAAAGAUUUGUAUGGGUUAAAACAAAAUUGUUUUUGAAAUGAAUGUUUUUUUAAUUAGAAUUUUAUAAUUUUUUCUCUUACCGGGUUUGACUUUUCGAAAUAAUAUUUUAGUUAAUAUGACCUUAUGAUUUAAUCGGAAUAGCUGUACUGGUGCUGUAUUCUGAUGUGGCCUCAUGUGUCAAUAUAGGAAUAUGUUGACUCUUGUGGAUAUUGUACGUAACCUGAACAAUGUGCACUUUUAUCUUGUUAAGCAGUAAUGCAAAUGCAGAUGUUUUUUCAGAAUACUUAAAACUGCAUGAAAUGCAAAUAUUGUCCUCUUACAUGCUUGUCGGUAUUCAUUCUGUGACCCUAAUUGUAGAUUUUUUCAGUGCUGCAAUGAAUACAUUUCUAUUUAAGUAGGAAUUUCUAUUCCUACCUUUUUCAAACCCAAUAACUAUAAAUAUUUCUUACCUUUAAGAAUUGUCCACUUUAAAUAGAUUUUUACCAAAUAGAUGUAUGUGUUGGUGUGCGCGUGAGACAGACGUUCCCAUAUAGGAGCAUGAGGAGAUUGUAAAAAGUGUGGCACCUUUUGCAAAGUGCUAAAUGAUCUUUUGAUUUGAAGAAACAACAGUGUAUUGUACAAAGAGAAACAUUAGUGUUUUGUUUCAAAAAAUAAUUUAAUUAAAACCAGACAAGUUGAGAUGGAAAUGGCGCAGAUAAGGAAGUAACACUUGGAACCUAGCCCAAAUAUGUGUUCUGGCAUUAGAUCCAGUAAAAGCAAAUAGAAGUUAACAGGAAACUGUUUUCUGUCCAUAGCUUUGUAUAAUUACCUACAUGAAUAACCCCAUGAAACUAUUUAACUAAAUGAAAAAAAUUCAUUGGAAUUAAAACAAUUAAAUAAUGUCCAACAAAACAUUUUUAAGUCUGUUUCACUGUGAAUUCCUGGUAAACAAAUACAAUAUUGUGAACAGAUUAGUUACACACUUAAUUUUCCAUAUAGUUGAGUAAAUGUAACUAAUCUGUUUAAAUUUUAGGAAUAUUUGGUUUAAAAGAAAUAACUCUUCAUAAAAAAAUUAAAAACAAAACUGUCUUCAUGUUUCUGUAUAUUCAGUAUGUAUGUGCUUUCAAAGUGUGAAAUCAGUAUAAAUUGGCAGUUCAAAGUUCACUUAAAAGUGUAGCACACAAUUAAUUUUGUUGUACUUCACUGAAACAAGCCAGUAUAAGAAUAUUGGUGAUGGGAUGUAGAUUAAUCUCUCAAGAAGCCACUACUAAGUACGAAUUAUCUGAUUUUUUGAUAUUUUCAGAGGUUAACUGUGAAAGUCCUAGAAUGUAAUAGAAAAGAUAUUUGCGUAGUUAUAAAUCUGCGGUUAGACAACUGGAACUGACUAAUCUAGUUCAUAAUGUAUGGCUUUUGCUUUGUAUGUAAUUUUAGACAUGCUGCUUUUUGUGAGGAAUAUUACCAGAUACGAGUAAAAAGGAAAACAUUAACUCAAAAGAUUGUACUUGCACAUCGUAACAUUUUUCAAGUUGUAUACAGUGUGUGAGGAUAGGGUUAAAAUUGUAAUUCAAGUUGUCAGGCAAAGUAGAAUAUAGGCUGAAAAACAGCUAAGAUUUUGAAUUAAUGUUUAUGUAUGCCUUGAUUUUUGACUUGUUUUUAAAAACACUGUUUAAAUUACUUUGUUGAGAACUGUUUAAAUAAAUUAAUGUAUUCCA